CAAGGAAGAAGAAAGAGAUGGGGAUGAAGAAAUGCGGGGCGUCAAGACCAAUUUUUAUUCGAUGGCUUGCCGCAUUUGCUGUUACGGCGGCGGUGGCGGCGGCUCUGCCCUCCCCUGAUUCCGACGUAAUCGACGACCUAAAGAGGAGUCUCCAUGUUAACGACACCUAUUGGAAUCCCACUUCCGAGCGGUGCGAAUGGCCAGGCAUCCUGUGCGAUAGCACUAAUAGCUUUGUUGUACACGUCGACAUUCCGAUGUACGGUUUCGCCGGAACUCUGCCGGAGAAUCUCGGGAAGCUCACCGGAUUGAUCACAUUCGAUGCGAGUGGGAACAACAUCACUGGGGCAAUUCCGGCCUUUAACGGGUCGGUCCAACUUAGUACCCUCAGCCUUGACCGUAACCGGUUCACUUCAAUCCCGGACGCUCUGUUUCACUCCAAACCUCAACUGUCUUUUGUUUCUCUGGACUACAACCUUCUCCUUCCGCCAUGGGAGCUCCCUGAAGCUCUGGCAAACUGUUCACAGCUCGGCUACUUCUCCGCCAUCAAUUGCAACAUCCGCGGGCCCUUCCCGGCCUUCUUCAAACAGAAUUCCCAGUUGUCCGUCCUUCGAUUGGCGGGCAACAAUUUAUCCGGGCAGCUCCCUUUCGACCUGCCCGUAUCCUUAACCACUCUGUCCCUCGGUCACCAAGGCGGAGCAUUGUCCGGCAGCAUCUCCGGUAUACAGAAAUUGACCAACCUUAUCCACCUCUGCCUGGACGGGAACACAUUUUCCGGCGAAAUACCCGACUUAUCCCACCUCAUAAAACUGAAAGAAUUCGUCGUCAGCCAUAAUCAUCUUACCGGUCCGGUGCCGGAGUCCAUAUCGGCGAUUGAAUCUUCCUUGACACAAGUGAAUUUGUCCAAUAAUCAUCUCAGUGGCGUUAUACCACAAACACUAGCGGAGUUUGCUUUAAGCGGGAAACUAGAUGUGUCUAAUAAUAAUCAGCUUAAUGGUACUAUUCCUUCAAACCUUCCCAAUUUCCCCCAACCUUGUGACAAUGUUUAUUAGUAAAAAGAUCCCAGACUUCUAAUUUUCCCUCAAUAAAAUGUCAUCCUUGAAUAAUAAAAAACACCCAUAAUUAUGACAUUUCUGGGGAGAAAUUAAAUGUUUUUGAACUUUAAAUUAUGGCUUUGUUAUAACUCAAUGUAAUCUCUACUGCUAGUCCUUGUAUGGCAAAUUGGCAAUUACUUGUGCGGAUCUCGCCUUGGUUGAAAAUGGGGGAGCCAACUGAUUUGUUUUGGGCUUAUAAUUCACUUUUUAAUCUUGUUUCUUUUUAAUUCUUG